AUGCGACUCUUAAACACCACGACGCUCAAGGUGGCAGAUUUUGUCAGCGAAAGACCCAAAUAUGCCAUUCUUUCCCAUACCUGGGGCUCGGACGAAAUUGUUCUUCAGGAUACAGAAGCAAAGGAUGAGGCUCCUUCCAGUGUCAAAGCUGGAUGGAAAAAGAUCAGGGGCGCCUGUACGCUGGCUCGUAGGAACGGCUUUGACUGGAUCUGGAUCGACACAUGUUGUAUCGACAAGUCUUCGAGCUCUGAGCUAUCCGAGGCCAUCAACUCCAUGUUCCGUUGGUACAGAGAAGCUGAGAUCUGCUACGCGUAUCUGGAAGAUGUGCCUCCCUUGAGAUACGUUUCGCUUAUUGGCUUUCAGGAUCUCGCUCCUGAUCUGGACCCGAGUUAUGUUAUGUCCAUCGAGAAGGAUCGAGAGACCUUCCUCGGAAGCCGAUGGUUCACUCGAGGUUGGACUCUCCAAGAGCUUAUUGCACCGCAAAGAGUCGAGUUACACGCUACGGACUGGUCCUUUCUUGGGACAAGGAGUGAUCUUUCGGGCAUCAUUCACAAACAUACCAUGAUCGACAAAAUGGUUCUCGAAUCCAACGGAGCCGAAAGGCUGUCAAUGUUUUCUGUUUGGAGUAGAAUGCAAUGGGCUGCCAGCCGAGAAACAACUCGCGUUGAAGACACGGCUUAUUGCCUGUUAGGCAUCUUUGAGAUCAACAUGCCGCUUCUGUACGGAGAGGGCGACCGGGCGUUCCGCCGUCUCCAAGAGGAAAUUAUCAGAACCAUUGAAGACUACAGCUUGAUCGCCUGGACGUCGUACGAUGCGUCACCCCAGCCACACGGAACACGCUCCUCGGCUCUCGCCUCACAUCCAAGAGACUUUGGCACUGUGAGAUUAGAUACGACUUGCGUUCCGAAAGCCGCAAUUGAGAGAGACUUCGACAAAGACAUGAAGGGAAUCAGUGUACAAGAACCGCCUGGUCCACGCUUGAUCGAGCUAGAUAAAGAGAUGAUGGCUAGGUGCAUUAAGCCUUACUUCGGACGCGACUAUCGCGAUAUUAAUCAUCCGCAACUUCAGCCUGAGUUCUCGCCACCUACAUUAUCUCCGCGUGGUAUCUUGAUCACCAUGUUCACGACCAGGGUACUGAACCCACAUCCAGACACCAGGCUCGCGUGGACUACUUUAAACAUUCAUUUGCCAAAAGGCAUAUAUUAUCUCUGUGUCAAGCUGUCAAACGAAGAAACUCAUAUGGACAUGGACAGCGCGACCAGGGCUUUUCGGCGCAAUACAAAUCGACUCUAUUUGGUCCCCAUCUCGAGGAUAAAGACGUUUCAAUCAACAAAGUUCUACCUCCGCACAACUCCGGAGUACUAUGUCCCAUCCCCAGGAGAGUCAUGGACCCCUAAGGCCGAAUAUUCCCAGUUGCGGUUUGACAGGCGGAAUGAGGCUGUAUCUACGACCGUCAUUGCUACAUAUCCCAGUCUGAAGAUGGGAAUGAAAGGGGAUGCAUAUGCCUUCCACACGAAACUGCGGGAAUUUGGAAGAGUGGCCGCGCUUAUGUGCGAUCCAAUCUGGGCUUUCGUGGUCGAAAUAAAAGAAUUGAGAGAAUGUCGGCGACUAUUACAGUUCGUAGUCUUGUAUGGAUAUAAUCCAUGGGCAGAGUCACCUAAUCAAAGGUGGCGAUGUAAAGUCACGCCAGCACCCUCAAGUAACGAAUCGUCCAUCGGGUUUCAUUCCUUCUCGUCUUAUAUUGAAGGAGUUGUGUCUCUCGAACAAAGCUCGAUUCGCCAAUUCCCGUGGGGUGUCGUCGGGGCGGUGGUGCAUUGGGACAAUAAGGAGAAUCAUAGCUUUGUUAAUGUGAUGGUUCAUCUAGAGAGUCAGCCUGAAUAACCGUCCCAGGUCUGAAUCACUAUGGUGC